AUACAAAUACACCGGCCAAUAAUAUACGGCAACUCUGCCGUCCUGCUCACUGCGACUGAGCGUGCCACUGCGCCUGCCGACCAUACCCACCGAUGGACACUCGCAGUUCGAAGUGCAGCGUCCGUCGAGGGCCGAGCUGAGCAAGUGGGAGGUGCAGAGGACUUGAGCUAUUUCAUCAAGCGUGUUACGUUUAAGCUGCAUGAUACCUAUCCGAAUCCGAAUCGGGCAGUGGAUAAGCCUCCUUUCGAGGUCACAGAGACUGGAUGGGGAGAGUUCUCGGUGCAAAUUCUAAUAACCUUCAUUCCGGAGGCUCAGGAGAAACCGAUAAGAUUGAAUCAUUACAUUCGGAUUCACCAGUGGCAUAUGCCUGAACCGUUCUGGGAUCCCGAGUCGGGACUUCCCAAGCCCGCAGCACCCACACCGAUGCCACAGCAAGAUUCCGUGCACGCUUGGCAGUACGACGAAAUUGUGUUUACCGAACCGCCACAGGCAUUCUUUGAUAUUUUACGGCAGCAUCCUCCCGUUGCCCUCCCUAAGGUCCGGAGGAAAGGUGUUCCGCCAAAUAUGGCCAAUCCCCAGUCCAUUGCUAGCAUGUCGCGCGGGAUACCGGAGUUCACGCAAGUUAUGGAACGAGAAGAGGCAGAAAGAUUAGAUCAG